CGCCGGACAAAGCGCUGUGUCGCGGUGGUCUCGGCGCUGUUCGCGCGCUGCUGUGCUGAAGUGGAGCUCAACGGAGGGUGGAUGGGAAUCUCCUUCUGAGCCACCUGUAUCUCACCCCACCCUAAUCCUCCCUCAAACCCUACCCCAGCACCCCCCACACCCACCCGAUCCCAUCACCAUGACGUCCACCUUGCAGACGCUGGCCUUCAAGCUGGCCCCUCCGUCACGGGAUGGCAGCCUGGAACGCUUGUAUGACUGCGAUGAACGAAUCGAGCGCCGCUACGACAUCGUUCCCUCGGUGGUCUGCUCCAUGUGUUGCCUUUUUGGCAUCAUCUACUGCUUCUUUGGUUACCGGUGCUUCAAGGCGGUGAUGUUCCUGACAGGCCUCAUGUUUGGCUCAGUGGUCAUCUUCAUGCUGUGCUACAAGGAGCGUGUGUUGGACACCCAGCUGAGUGUGGAAGCCAGUGCUGGCAUUGGCCUGGGCAUCGGAGUUCUGUGCGGCUUGGUCACAAUGCUGGUACGCAGUGUGGGCCUCUUCAUGGUAGGCCUGCUGCUAGGUCUACUGGUGGCCAUAGCGGCACUGGUAGUCAUGGAGGAGUUCCAUCACCCCCGUACGGUCUGGGUUCCGUUGGGCGUGCUGCUGGGCUCCGGCACACUCUUCGCGGUGCUAACGCUACAGUGGCAGCGUUGCUUCACCACGCUUUCCACUGCCGUCUUCGGUGCUGCUGUCAUCACUGUUGCUGUUGACUACUUCGUGGAACUCUUCGCUCUGGUGCGCUACGUGUACGAGCGCAUCAAGGUGGCACCGGCGCGGCCAGUGUGCUGGUUUACCUGGGUCAUCCUGGGGGUGUGGCCCGUCCUGACCCUACUUGGGGUACUGAUCCAGUGGAAAGUCACGGCAGAGGGCUACUCCCACACCAAGGUGAUCAUCAGCCGGCAGCAGCGACAGGUCCAGCUCAUGCGUAUCCGACAGAAGGAGGAGCGAAGGGAGAGCCGGAAGAAGAAGAAAAAAAAGAAGAAAAAGAAACAGCAGCAGCAGCAGCAGCAGCAGCAGCAACAGCAUCAUCCUCAUCACACACACCAGCCCAAGGCGCUGCACCCGGAACCAGCCUACCGGAGGAAACCCAACCCCAUCCGUCGCUUCGACGGCGACGUGCUGUCCCCGAGCUACAUCCAGAAUUUUCGGGACAGACAGGGGGAUCGGCGGAGCUACCCUCAGGGCCGGCUGGUGGGAGGGAGCCACGCCGCCGUGGGUCUGGACUACGACUAUGGUUCCACGGUGCCCCUGACGGCCUCUGCGGGGCCUGCCAUGCGAGUGUAGCCCUAACAGCCGCCGUGCCCUUCGCUUGUCCAAGAGCGAGUGACAGCCGAGUGCUGCGUCCCUCCUGGGCCUCCUCCUUAGGAGCUCUUUCUGGAGGUGUGUAACAGCGAGACGACAGGAUGCCCAGAGCCUGACGCUGUGACCUCCGAACUCCGAGGCCCAUAUUUACUAAGCAUUUCUCGGGGAUUUGUCCCGCGCAGAAGCUCUGACGAGCAAAGAUAUCUGUUAAAGUGAGAAUGGCAUUAGUGUGUAUUAAAUACCAGAGA